UGUUACCAGCCGCGAGCUGCGCAGCUGCCCAUCUGCCCAGCCGGCCAGCCAGCCAGCCUCUUGGGCCCAGGCUCCUCGUGAUCAGCGUCCAGUGUCCGUUCUCACACACAUGGCCACCUGCUAUAUAUACAGGCCACGUCGCUAAGGCCUCUACUAUCACGACGUUAUUCAUAUCUAUCUCCUACAGCACAGACAAUCAUGUACCCGACCCGCUUCCCCUUCAACUCGAACCAGCCGCACCGCCUGGCGACUGAUGUUGAUCCCUCCAAGCUCUCGUCGGUCCGGAACAUUCAGCAGGCCUCUUCGCAGGUCAACCGUAUGGCACGCCGCGACCCAGCCCUCUACCCGCUGUCGUUUAUCAUGGUCGGCAUUGCGGCCGUGACCGGCUACUUUAUGAUGAGCAAGACGACCGAGACCGGCCUGGACCGCAGCAUGCAGGCGCGCGGCAUGGUCAACCCAUGGGACGACGAGAGCAAGCACGAGGUACAGGCUGGCCAGACCGCCGCGUUCAAGUAUCGCUACAAGACACGCGACGGACACAUGGAGGACGGGUACCCAACUAUGAACGUCGAUGUGCGCAAGGUUAAGGGCGACACCGAGCACAAGUACCACACCUCGUAAUUCCGGAGAGGAGCGCAUCAGAAGUCAGAAGGAUAAAGAGUGAAACGAGAACAAGAUCAGAAGUGAUUCCAUGCAUAAGCGAUG